AUGAAGAGACAACCGGAUGAUAGCACAUUUAAUGCAUAUAAGUUUUGUGAAGAUGGUGUGGCAUAUAGUUGUUUUCUUAUUGUUGUUCCAAAAGAAGUGGGUCCAAAAGAAGUUGAAGUUGUGAAGGAAGAACAAAAGAAAAAGGAUGAAGAAUUGGAAAGAUUGAAGUUAUAUCAAGAUGAGUUUAACCGCAUUGAAGGCAAAAAGAGAGAUAAAGAAGCAAUAGAGGCUACUCUAAGAAUUUUGUGGCUUGAGUGGACGAUGAAAAGAAUGCAAGAUGUUGCAAUCAAGAAGGUUAGGAAGAACUGGCUUGAACCAAACUCACUGUAUUUGGUUGACCUUCCUCUCUCCGAAUCUAUUGCAAACAAGAUGUUGCAAAUAAGAAGGUUGGGAAGAACACAUCAGAAAGUCAAUUAA